AUGAAAGUUUACAGCAUCAUGCUUCUCCUACUCUCUGUAUCAGCUCUCGACAAAGACGACAGGGGAUCGUUGGAACCUCGAAAGUGCUACCAUUGCGGCGCAGAGAAGGUCAAGUACGGAGUGACAGCUGCCAGGCUGAGCGAGAAUGUCAAUCACUCUCAACCUCUCUUCGAUCAAGGGAAUUCCUCCAACUACGACUGGCUCGCGUUGUUCUGCCGCAGCUGCGCAAAGACGAGAAGCUACAAGGAUGACGUCUGCUUCAGCGCAGCCUUGGAAACCCUCACUAAGAAAUGCAGACGAUGCUCACGGCGAGCGAGUUUCGGUAGGGCGGAAGGAGUAGCAAGGCAUUGCCGGUCGCAUAGGAGUAUGGGAGAGAUCGAUAUAGCGAAUCGAGGAAAGCUUUGCAUGAUGCCCAACUGCACGACCCUCGCACGUUACAGAAAGAAGACAGGGGAGCGACGAAGGUUCUGCUGGAUUCAUUCCAAUCCUGGCGAGAUCAAGAUCUCCUCGCAGCAAUGCCACCACCCGGAAGGAUGCUUGAAAUACCCGUCGUUUGGACUGAGCAACGGAAGUGCCUGCUUCUGCAAGUUGCACAAGUCCAUCGCACAUGUGAACAUCCGGAGAAGUAUGAAGGAGAAGGAUGUAAGCAACACUUCAUGGAGGGCGGUGAAGAGCUGA